AUGCCGCAUGCGCGGAUAGGCAUUCUGGUCCGAGUACUGCUCCUCGUUAGGUUCACGGACACCAUCAUGAUCUCUGUUACGGCGGUCGGGGUGCAGUCCAUCAUCCUCGCCGCCCUCGGCGCCGCUGCCCUCUCGGCCGCCCACGGAAUCGUCAACGAGCUUACCAUCGGUGGCACUGUAUACAGCGGCUACCUGCCUUACCAGGACCCUUACACAACCCCCACUCCCGAGCGUAUCGUCUGGUCUUUCCCCACCGCCGGUAACGGCCCCGUCGAGGAUGUCAGCUCCAGCGACAUCGUCUGCAACAAGGCCGCCACCGCUGCGCCCAUCUCCGCCACCGUCGCCGCCGGCGCCGAGGUCGAGUUCGCCUGGACCACGUGGCCGGAUUCCCACAAGGGACCCGUGAUGACCUACCUCGCGAACUGCAAUGGAGACUGCUCUGCCGCUGAUCCCACCACCCUCGAUUUCUUUAAGAUCGACGAGGCCGGAUACGACGGCACCACCUGGGCGUCCGACACGCUCAUCGCCGCUGGCAACAAGUGGACUGUGACCCUUCCGUCAGACAUCGCUGCGGGCAACUACAUGCUCCGCCACGAGAUAUUGGCUCUCCAUUCCGCCGGAACCGUGGGCGGCGCCCAGUUCUACCCCAUGUGUGCCAACCUCGUCAUCACUGGUGGUGGAUCCGCUGCCCCGACCGGCGUCAACUUCCCCGGUGCGUACUCGGCCACUGACCCCGGUAUCGAGGUCGACAUCUACAACGGCUUGACCACCUACACAAUUCCCGGCCCGGCCGUGUACACCGGAGGCGCGAGUGUCGCUGAUCCCAUCACCACCUCUGCCGCCGCUGAGCGCUCCACCACCAGCGCUGCUGUCGUCCCGACUACCUCCGCUGCCGUUGUCGAGGAGCCCACUACCACCGCUGCCGUUGAGGCCACCACCACCGCCGUCGUCGAGGAGCCCGCCACCACUGCCUACGCUGAGGUGCCCACCACCACCGCUGUCCCCACCGCUGCGACCACUUCCAUCGCCAAGCCCACCAUCACCGCUGCCACCACCGUCGCUGCGACCGCGGCUCCCGUUGCCACCACCGCGGCGACCACUCUUCUUACCCUCACCCGUGGCACCACUACUGCUGCCGCUGCCGCUACCACCGCCAAGAACGCGUCCCAGACCGUCAACGAGUGUCUCGAUGCCGUCAACGAGUGCAUCCGCAGCCAGCAGAGCGCCAAGGGAGGUGCCGUCGACUUCUCCAUGUGCGAGGUCCAGAGGACCACUUGCUACACUCUUUAAGUGUCCGUGAGGUAGUCUUGUGGUAGGAGUUGAAAAGGGGGGGUCGUGUUUCCUUUGCCCGCUGGAUGGGAGGAUAGAUCGGUGUGUUGCAUUACUUGCAUGGUUGGUUGUUGUUUUGUGUAAAUAAUGUUUGAUCGUGUGGCGAUAAUCUAUAUAUUGCUUCC